ACCCUUCAAGAACACCGCAAACACAAGUAAGUCUUCUCAUUAGAGACCACAUUCUCGGGAACACUAUGUGUUAUACUCUCCUGUGUUUCACACUACUGUUGCUUGUCUCUUCAUCAUUCUGUGCCAAGCAGAAGUGCUGUCCCGACAAAGAAUGUUAUGAGUUAGGCGACCCAUGGCAAACCCUCACACGUCUAGUGCCGGAACCAGAAUGUGAAGGAAAUUUGACAAGAUUUUUCCUUAUUGAGAGUUCGAAUAAGGAUAAUCCAGUCGUCUUCACAGCAAGGAACGCGUCGAAAAUUCCAGGUUACCUCAAUGUGAGGAAACCAACAAUAAUAUUUUUCCACGGAUGGAUGAGUUCUGCGGCUGCACCCUCCAUUAUGAAUAUUACAACCCUCUACUCAUCACGUGUCAAUGCUAAUGGCAUUUUUGUGGACUAUGGUGAGAUUGCUAAGAACGUGAACUACCCACAAGUUGUAUCGAACCUCAGAGUCGUAGCCACAUAUGUAACCAAGAUGGUGCAAAAUAUAAUCCAAGCUGGAGUGUCUCCUUCUCAGAUCCAUUUAAUAGGACAUAGCUUAGGAGCGCACUUAGCUGCUUAUGUAGCUAAGGCUAUUCCUGGAAUUGGCAGACUAACAGGACUGGAUCCAGCUGGUCCCUGGUUUACGGACAAGAACUGCGAGGUGCGUCUCUGUAAAGGAGAUGCCCAGUUUACGGAAGCGAUCCACACAAAUGGAAACCCUGUGACGGGUCUUGGAACGUCCGACGAAGACGCUGAUGUCGAUUUUUGGGUAAACGGAGGUUGGGAACAACCGGGCUGCGGUCUUGAAGUGGUUCCCCGGCAACUUCUGGAUCUCCAUCAUGACAACACUAGUGAUGCGAUACUCGCCUGCUCCCAUUCUCGAUCACUGCUUUACUACGCCGAAGCAUUAGCAAGUAGCUGCAAGUUCUGGGGUGUCAAGGCAGGCUUAGUCAACAAGCUGACAAGCCGACUGACUCUGGGAUAUGCGUCUAAGGUCGUCGUAAAUCCAGAUACCUGUACCCUACAGAACUGCGUGCCAAUCGGCUUAGACACCAUAAAUGCUACUGGCCGAGGGAAUUUCGUCGUGCCAACAAAUUCCCAACCGCCAUUCUGUGAGUCGAAGUGACAAAGAGACUGGGCGCCUUCAGUAAGAAGAAUUUCCAACAAUGUAAGAAUUUGGAUAUGCAGCUGUAAGUGAGAUAUCUGAAGAGAGGAAUAUGGAAGGUGCAGGUUGUGCAGUCACACUUUUGCAACAAAUAUUAUGAGUUUUGAAAAAACAUGCAAAGCACGUAAUCCAGUUCAAUUCUUUGUAUGGCAGAAUUUAUGAGUAUGUCACAGUUUCGUUUAAGAUAAGCACAUUUCUUCACAUUUGCUCUGCACUUCAGUGACAAAUCAGAAACAAUAAAUAAUAUUAUAAACUAACAAUACAGACAAUCUUCUGCAGCUUUAUACUGUCAUAUAACCUGGUAACGCGACAAAUAAUUAAUUGAACCAGGAUAAGAUGAUUCGAUUUAUUGGAUAUUCACCAGGCGGAACUACAAUUAGUUGUAACACAAUCUUACCGUAACUAUAACACUUCGCAUCUACGAAAAAUGAUGACACCACAUAAACUAAAGACCUCACUUCUGACUUCUUCUUCUUCUUCUGUUGCCUUCUGUGUUCUGUCCUGUUCUAUGUUCUGUCACAUUCUGCCUUCUGUUGGUCAGUUCUCUCCCUAAGGUAGGUUCUUGUCGAACCGAA